CAGCCCAUCUCUUUCUUUAAUGGGUUGGGCUUUCCAACUGAUGUCCCGCCGGUGAAUCUUCUUUGUUCGGUCCAUUAUCACACUUCCGGCGACACGAAGCUUGUCAACUGCAAAAGGAAGGUUACGACGAUCAACGUCUCCGACAAUGAGUGCAGGGGGAGCAUUUGGUGGAAAUAGAGGACUGAGACCAGUGCCACCUGAAAAAGGAGUUUUUCCUUUGGACCAUAUGCAUUUAUGUGACCUGGAGAAGAAAGAGUACCUCAAUUGUCUUAAAUCCUCUGGGCAUAAAUCUGACAACUGUAGACACCUCUCUAAAAAGUACCUGGUGUGCCGUAUGGAGAAGAACUUGAUGGCAAAGCAAGACAUGUCAGAACUUGGCUUUGGCAAGAACUAUGAUGCAGAAACUUCUUCAGAGGAAAUGGAACAAUAGAAAAAUGAAAGAAUGAAGAAGAUCGAUAAAUUUUGUUAUUCUCUGGGAUCUUUUUGAGAUGCCUGGGUAGAAAGUUCAAACAUACAAGCUUCAUUAUUGUCACGUGAAAGCUUUCGUAGUUACUUAUAGGAGGUCUUCUUU